AUGAACGAAGAUACGACGGACGAGCUGGCCCCAAGAGCGGAGAUCUUCAGAUCAAAACUCAUCGAGGAUUUUCAGCUUAUCGACAGGGUUGCCAAUAGUAGCGGCACAGAACCACCAAAAUACUAUUCCAACGAAGUAACAGACGACGAAGUUAUGAAGCAACUUUUAAGAGAGACUCCCCAAGGCUUGAUCAAGUUUCAAAUCUACUCUAAGAAAGAUGAACAGCGCUUUGCAGAUCGUCGCUUGAACAGAGUAAAGAACAAAAAUGCUAUUCCACUUGGACCAUGGGCACACACUGUCAUAGAAGAUCCAAGGAUUCAAAACUUUAUGAUGAUUUUGAUCAUAACAAAUUCUAUUGUAUUGGGAAUCCAAGCCGAAAUAUCCAAAAUUGAGGAUUCCUCACUGUAUGGAUUAAAAUUGGUUUUACAAAUUUUUGAUUACUGCACAUUGACCAUUUUUGUACUUGAGAUAAUCCUCAAGUGGAUUGAUGGAUUCUGGAGUUUUUGGAAAAAUGGUUGGAACAUUUUUGACUUCAUUGUGACCGUAAUGUCAUUUGUGCCAGAAAUCAUUGAGCUGUCAUCAGGAAAAAAUACAGCAGAAGUGGCUGUCAUUGCUGAAAACUUGAGAGUAUUCCGAAUUUUGCGAUCCUUGAAAAUGGUAUCAAGGUUUGCCCAGCUAAGGAUCAUUGUCCUUACCAUUCUCAAAGCAUUUAAGUCAAUGGCAUUCAUCCUCAUUUUGUUGAUGACUUUUAUGUACAUUUUUGCUGUGGCUGGAACAGUCAUGUUUGCUUCAUACUCCAAGUCAGAAAGAACAGACCUCAAGUAUAAACAGAGUUUUAGCACCCUUGGUAAUGCUUUGGUCACAUUGUUUCAACUCUUCACCUUGGAUCACUGGUAUGACAUCCUCAGAGAUCUUAUCAAAGUGGUAGACCCCAUCACAGUCGAGAUCUACAUCAUCUUAUGGAUCUGUAUUGGAGCUUUCAUAUUCAGAAAUAUCUUUGCUGGCAUUAUGGUCAUGAACUUCCAGAGCAUUCGAAGGGAUUUUAAUCAACAAGUGAAAGAGCAGACUGAAGCCAUAGAAGCAGAACAAAUGAGAAAUCACUUAGCAGAGGAGCUGGAAAGAAAGGACAGAUUGCAAAGUAGAACAAGGCGAACCAGCAGUUUGGGUGCUUCCCUGUUCCAGGAACUAGGAAAACAGCUUGAACCUAUGUCAACACUAGCAGAGACUGAAGAGGAAGAAGAAGGAAGCUUUGAGCACAGAGAUGACAGUGGAAUUAAAGACUCCUCCUCUCUGCCUCAGGAAGGAGAAAAUAAACCAAAACCAGAAACAAAUGAACCUGACCCUUUAGCAACAUUGGGAGACAAACUUGCUCAAAUAAGGGAGAAGAGGAACAGCUGGAGCAAACAGAGUGGAGUUGACCAGCAGCCAAUACCAGAAUUACAUGGAGAGUUUGCUCAUGACAAAGCUAAAGACAUGACAAAUGACUGGAUCACAACAGUUCAAGCAAAUCUGACUGAUCUUAAGAACCACCCUGUGGAGACGCUGUGGCAGAGAGACACGCUGUUCAGAUAUUUCCAGUUAAUGGAAGCCUGGCAAGAAAACCUUGCUGAACGACAGCAGCUCAUUCGUAUGGCUGGCCAAGCUUUGCUUAAGCUCCAUGAUACUUGA